AGAAAAGCGCAUUUUAUUGGCAACUAAAAACGUCAAUCACGUUAAAUGCCCAUAAACGGAGUGUCAGGCAAUGACGACGCUCGCUCACGGGCACGAGCGCCCUCAAGCAGGAACAUUUCAACAUCUAGAUAUGUUUUUUUUUACCGAUUAACAUCGAUUUAAUCUCGAUAGAACCGUAUGUAUUGCAUUAACGCGUUUGUAGACUUGUGUUAAUAUGACAUUAUUGUACAUACAGUAAGUUUUGAGAAGCGUGUAUAGUGUUUAUAACGGUGUCAUGUUUUGAUGAAAGCCAAACCAAAUAAACGCUGAGCUAAAGUCACUGUAAACAGAAAAGAUUUAAACUCAUGGCAUCGGCUCAACCUCCAAAUUUCUCCUGGGUGGAUCCUGGUAAAGUGGCUGGGAUGGCAAUGCCCAGGAUGACGGCUCACUAUCAGUACCUGCUGAACAACGGCAUAAAGCAUCUGGUGAGCCUAAGUGAACGUAACCCUCCUUAUCACGACACUUGUCCAGAGCUGACCUUUCACCGCAUUAGGAUUCAUGACUUCUGUGCUCCAACAUUUGAUCAGAUAAAGAGAUUUCUGUCUAUAGUGGAGGAGGCCAAUGCAAAAGGAGAGGGUGUUGCUGUGCACUGUAUGCUUGGUUUUGGCAGGACAGGGACGAUGCUUGCCUGCUACCUGGUAAAGAGCAGGAAAAUGAAUGGAAUUGAUGCCAUUAAUGAGAUCAGAAGGAUUCGACGAGGGUCCAUUGAAACUCGGGAGCAAGAACAAGCAGUGGUGCAGUUUUAUCAGCAAACUAAAGUGUAAAAUGGGAAAGGCUUCUAAAUCAUUUAUUUUUAUAAUAUGUAUAUGACUAAUGUACUGUAAAGCAAUAAUAUAUAACCAUAAACUUUUCAACCUUG